UUGUUUAAUGGUGGAGUAAGGGUUUUCAGUAACGUGGUGGCGCUGUGAUGGGGAUGGAAUGGUGUAAUGGAGGUGUAGUGUGAGAGGAGGAGGGCUAGAGGUGGUAUAGUAAGGAGGGAAAGGGCAGACAUUUCAAAUUUGUAGUAGAGAAAAAGAGUAGUUUUGUGGUUGUGGAUAAGAGGGAAGGAGGCAAUGGAUCUAUGGUAGUAGAGGGUUGGAGGGGCUGUGGCAAGGGGCGGAAGGGGAAGUGUAACCCGAUGGGAUAGGGGUUUCUAAGGGGAAUGAAGAAGUUGGGGAGCCAGAAGAGGGUUGGGAGAAGGAGACGGUGUAGAAGCCCUUGUGUUUGAUAAAAUACCUGUGUGAAACAUUACCAUAUUGUUGAGUAUUUUAGAGUUGAAAGGUCAUUUUAUUAUCUUGUGUGGAGAAUCCUUAGUUCACCAAGUUUGAGUUGUUAUGUUUGAAAAAAUUUCCAUCACAAAUAAUGCAGCUGUGGAUUAUCAGACAGCAGAUUCUGAACAUGUAUUGAAGAGAUCAAGACCUUUUGGAAUGCCAGACGAAGUACUGCAUAACAAUUCCUCGGUCAAUAAUCUGCCUGUAAAUAUUCUGCCUGUUGGAUACAAUGCUCAGAGCCAUGGUCAGAGUUCAUACUCUUCUGAUGAUUUGCCCAAGGCUAUUGUUAUGACUUUAAAUCAAGGUUCAGCUAUGAAGAGUAUGGAUUUCCAUCCAGUUCAACAAAUUCUACUACUUGUCGGAAUAAACACUGGAGAGAUCAUGGUGUGGGACCUCAGUAGUAGGGAGAGGCUUGCUGUUAGGAAUUUCAAGGUUUGGGAACUCCAAGCAUGCUCAAUGCCUCUGCAGGUUAGGCUGCUUUAGUACUAAAUAACUU